CACAGCGUCCCCUAGCAGAAAUGCGAGCUCUAAGGGUCCCACAGCGUCCCCGUCGCUUCGAAUCCGGCGAGAAUUGCAGCUUUCGCCCCUGAGUUGAGCCAAUGUAUGCGCCACGAGGCCCUUACCCGCCACCUGCAUCCCCGUAUCAGCAGCACGAUGGACCGCCCUUUGUGCCGAUGGCCAGACCGCCGCCACUCGCGCCCACCUUCUCUGUUGGGCAGCCGGCUCCCCUCUCCCACACAUCGAGCUACGCACCUUUGAGCGUUCCGUCGAACGCUUCAUCAGCCGUGCCGAUGAUGCACUACUGCCCACCACCCCCGGCGCAUCAUCAGCGAGUGGAUGCUGGUCGGUUCAUGUCUGCUGACGUGAGGCCACCCAUGGCACCCAUGCACCUCUAUGGCGGCCCCACCUCGCCGUAUGCAUCACACCGGCCUCUGCCCCCUCCGGCGGCUCCUUCUGCUGCGGCUGCUGGUGCUGGUGCUGGUGGUGACCCUCUGUCGGCCACACCCACGAUGAACCAUUUCACUUCUGUGGGCCAUCGCCAUGGUGCUGGCGGUGUUGGUGCGGGUCGUCCGAACGGGUGGCUGUAUCAGUAUCCCUACCCUCACCAUGGCGGCAGUCCGCGGGUGGCGUUGCCCAAGGCAGAGGCGGGUGCCGUGGCCUUGCCGGGCGGCGGUAGCAGUGGCGGCAUCAAUGGCCGUGUGAGUGCGGGGCAGUUCAUGUCACACACGGGGGCCGGGGCGACCAAGGCUGCGGCUAUGGUGAGCGGAUUGAUACACACACACACACACACACACACACACAGACACACAGGAGAGAGGGGCGGGUUAGGUCAUCAAUCAACACAUGUAUGCCCCGCUCAUCCGCGUGGUCUCACAUGUGUGUGUGUCAGGCGCCAGGAUACACUCGUUUGAGUGAGGCGGGCAGCCCCGGUAGCGAGAGCAACAAGAGCUUCAGCGUCAACCGAAUGCGGACCGGCAGCAGCAGGACCAGGCCCCCUCUCCACCCCCUCACACACACGGCCAAGUCGCCUUCCGGUUCCCAGAGCGUCGACAUCGCUCUGCCGCCCCCCAUCCCCCGUCCGAUGCGGUCCACCCGGCCGCCCCUCCCCGUCCAUGUGCCGCUGCCACACGCACCCACACGGAAAGGCGAGUUCGAGCAAAUGUCGCGGAGGGAGAUGCAGGAGAGAAAUGUGUCUAUCAUCCAGGUGAGGUGGGUAGAUACGAUUGGAUGGAUGGAUGGAUGGAGGGGCGUGAAAGUGGCUCUCUCCCUCCCUCUGUGUGUGUGUGUGUGUCAGUUGCGAGAUCAGCUGCACGACAUCGAGAGCGAGCAGAGCUGGGACCGUGUUCGCCACGGGCGGGAGCUGUCGGACCUCCAGACGCAGCUGAGGCAUCGGGACGAUCAGCUGCAGAAGAUCAAAAGAGAAGUCGCACAGCUCAAGGAAGAGGAGCACGCUGCACAAAUAGAGCUGGCGCAGCUGGAGCAGAAACGCCUGGCCAUCCUCAACACAAAGACGGCAGCAGCAGCAGCAGCAUCGGCAGCAGCAGACACUUUCACUACCGAAUCCACCGACCUCCCCACCCCCUCGGAUGUGACCAAGGCCCUGCAGAAGACGGCCACGGAGCUGAUACAGCUAGAUGAGCGAGUGGGCGAGCAGGCGCAGCGAAUCAGCGAGCUGGAGCAGCAGCAGAGGAUGGCGGACCAGCUGGGCGGCCAAUUGCGGGACGGCAUCAGCGCCAGGGCGGCGCAGAUGGACGGCGAGGUCGGCAGCCUCGCAUCUAGCCUGGCACAGAGGGUCGAGGACAUACACCGACUCAAGUGCCAGCUGGCUGCCAAGAAAGGUCCUCACAGACAGACAGACAGACAGACAAAGAGGUCCAUCCAUCCAUCCAUCCAUCGCCCUUUUCUCUUUUUCUCUCUCUCAGCAACGAGCGCGGCAUCAUCCCCACCAGAAAGAGAUGACGAGAACCAUGAGCUGCAGGAGGGCGAGAGGCGUGUGACCGAGAGGCGGGUGGAGGUGGACAGGCUGCGGCAGCGUGUGGCGACUUAUGCCAAGCAGAAGGAGGACCUGGAGAGGGCGCUGGGUACCAAGGACCAGCUGCUAGUGACGGUGCAGCUGCAGCUCGACCAGGCCAAGCGCACUGUGGAGGAGCAGGAAGCCGAAAUCAAAGUGCUCCGCUCCGAGAAACAACCAGAGGUGAGAGAGGGGGGGAUACGGAGAGAAAGGCCGACCCGACCCAUCCACGCAUCCAUCCAUCCCUCUCUGCGUGUGUGGUACGGUACCUCAGCUGAUCUCUGUGCUGAACCGCUACCCCACAUCUGCCGAGAGGCAGGUGUGGACUGGCGCCAAGGAGAGGGAGAGAGAGACGCUGAGCCUCCCGCCCCCCUCGCCCACCCACAGAGCACUCGACCGCCCACCGCCCAUUGCCACCGGCAGCAGCACCAGCAGCAGCGAGCGAGUGGAUGCGCUGCUGGAAAAGUUCUCCAGUGCCCGCCUGCUGAAGGUGUCCUUUCUGCGCGAGCCGGGCAAGGACGGACGGUACCGCUAUGGGAGCCAGGUGGUGACUUUAGCAGCCCGCGAAAAACCCUCUGUGCUGGCGCUGUCGCCGCCGUCCUCCCCUUCUGAGAUAGGCAAGACCAUCAUGGUGCACUACGGCAAAAGUAAGUGAGUGAGCCGCAGGAGAGAGAGGGGGCAGGGGGCGGGAAGGACAGUAAAGUCAAUGGGUGGAUUGUGUUAUCUUGUGUUGUGUGCCAUCUAGAUUCGGUGUUGCCGAUGGAGGAGUUCGUGUCUCGUUUCGAGGCUGAGGAGCUCAGUGGUGCGGCCCUCAGGCCACCCACAGCCACUCCCGCCGUCACCACCGAGCCCCAGCCCGACGACAAGGACGCGUUCGAGAGCGGGCCUGCUGACCCCAGGUGGACAGACCCACCCCUCACUGCUGCGGCCGGUGAUGACGCCCAACACCAACUGUCGCAGGUGAGCAUAAGGACACACGUAUGGAUGCGUGUGUGUGUGCGUGUGUUUAUCCGUGCCUUGUGCGUGUUUGGAUCACUCAGGGUGGUGGUGGUGGUGUUGAGGGUUGGGUGUCGUUCGCUCGAGAGAGUGAGGGUGUGUGGCCGUCCCACCCACCGCCUGAUGGAACGACACACGUGUCGUUCGACGGGCCUGUAGCGCAGGAGCAGCCGAUGGAUGAUGCCUUUCGUGAGAUGGAUGCCGCCCAGUGGGGGUGAGGUGAGUGGCUCUUUUAAUCAAUUCAGCAGGGGAGUGAGGGAGCAUUUUGAUGAUAGGAGGGGAUGGGAGGAGAGGGGUGUCUGUAGUUGGGUGCAUGUGGGACUCUGGCCGACGAGGUGAGACCAAGCGCUGUCUGUGUAUGCAUCCAUCCAUCCAUCCAUCAAUUCUUGAGUGCGA